GGAGCCGCCCCGCCCGGGAUCGGGCUGCGCCCUCCGCCGCCGCCCUUGAAGAGGGAGGGGAAGGCAGCGCUGCCAGGCGGGGCUGGCAGCAAGAUGGCGCCGGCGGUGCGGGGGCUGAAGAGCUUCGUGUGGCAGAAGCUGAAAUCAGCAGUAUUUGAUGACUUUACCAAAGAGGAAGAAUGGAAGGUAAUGCUCUUAGAUGAUUACACUACUAAAUUACUGUCACUGUGCUGCAAAAUGAGUGAUCUACUGGCAGAGGGUGUCACAGUGGUGGAGAAUGUAUAUAAAACCCGUGAGCCUGUCCCACACAUGAAAGCAAUAUAUUUAAUAACUCCCACCAAAAAGUCUGUAGAUGGACUGAUUGAUGACUUCAUUAAUAAACCAUCCAGCAGAUACAAAGCAGCAUACGUGUAUUUCACUGACUUUUGUCCUGACAGCCUCUUCAAUAAAAUUAAGGCUUCAUGUGCAAAAUCAAUAAAGAAAUGCAAGGAGAUCAACAUUUCAUUCUUCCCUUAUGAAUCUCAGGUAUUUACUCUCAACAUCCCAGAUGCCUUCUACCGCUGCUACAGUCCCACUCUGGAAAAGACAAAGGAUAAAGAUGCUGUACUGCAAGUCAUGGCUGAACAAAUUGUCACCCUGUGUGCCACACUAGAUGAGAACCCAGGAGUGCGAUAUAAAAGUGGACCAUCUGAUAGAGCCAGCAAACUUGCACAACUUGUUGAAAAAAGUCUUGAAAACUACUACAAAACAGAUGAGAGAAGCCAAAUAAAGGCUAAAACCCACUCCCAACUAAUAAUAAUUGAUCGUGGUUUUGACCCAGUAUCAACUGUACUCCAUGAGCUCACCUUCCAGGCAAUGGCAUAUGAUCUGCUACCCAUUGAAAAUGAUACUUACAAAUACAAAACAGAAGGCUCUGGUGGGAAGGAAAAGGAGGCAAUUUUGGAGGAAGAUGAUGACCUGUGGGUGAAGAUGCGGCACAAGCACAUUGCAGAUGUGAUAGAGGAGAUACCAAAACUUUUGAAAGAUGCUUCAUCAAAAACAAAAGCAGCAGAUGGAAAAUUAUCCAUAUCUGCUCUGUCCCAGUUAAUGAAGAAGAUGCCACUCUAUCGUAAAGAGAUUAGCAAGCAAGUUGUUCAUCUUAGCAUAGCAGAGGAUUGCAUGAGCAAGUUCAAAUCUAACAUAGAAAGGCUCUGUAAAACUGAACAGGACUUGGCUCUUGGAACUGAUGCAGAAGGUGAAAAAGUAAAAGACUCUAUGAGGGUCCUACUUCCAGUUCUGCUCAACAAAAGUCAUGACAGCUAUGACAAAAUCAGAGCUAUUCUCCUGUAUAUCUUUAGCACAAAUGGAACUACCCAGGAGAACUUGGACAAGCUGAUCCAGAAUGUACACAUAGAAAGUGAUAGUGAUAUGAUAAGAAAUUGGAAAUACCUUGAUGUUCCUGUUAUCUCUUCAUUUGUUGCUCAGCAGCAUAAAUACGUAAGAAGGGACCGUUCUAAAGAAGAAACUUUUCAGCUUUCUAGGUGGACUCCUGUUAUCAAAGAUGUUAUGGAGGAUGCUAUAGAAAACAAAUUAGAUUCAAAAGACUGGCCUUAUUGUUCCCGCUGUCCUCCCACCUGGAAUGGCUCAGGAGCAGUAAGCGCACGCCAGAAGCCCCGCGCGAGUCAGAGGGAGGAGCGCAGGAGCAGUGCCAGGCUGAUCGUGUUUGUCAUUGGCGGCGUCACCUACUCGGAGACGCGCUGUGCCUACCAGGUGUCCGAGGCCUACAAGUCCUGUGAGGUUGUUAUUGGUUCUACUCAUAUUUUGACACCUAGAAAACUACUUGAGGAUGUGAAGAGCCUUAGCAAACCCAAGGAUAUGGUCUGCAUUAAGGAUGAAUAGAUAUGGUGGUGUUUGUGAUGCAUAAAAACCACAAACAGUAUGUACAUAUUCUAAUGGAACUGACUUUUCCAAAUACUGCACUUCAAUACUACAUGUUUCCUAAUGGAGGUCAUGUUAUAAUUUAAAUUUGCUGCUUUUGGGGGAAUAGAAGGCAGAGAGAUGAAAAGAUAAACAUGUUUGUUUCUUAGGGUCUGUUUAGUAUUACACUGCAAGUACUUUUUCACAAGGGCAUGUUUGUUCCUAACUAAUUAUGCUAAAAAGUAUUGUAAUUAUAUAUAAACUGGAAUUGUCUUUGAGAACUGUGAAAACUUUCUAUAAUGGCAUUUAUUUCUAAAGAUGACUGAAUUAAAAAGGGCCUAGGCUCUUGGGUAGGGACUUCAAGAGAAAACUUGUAAAUAUGGGUUUAUGGUAAAAAUGUUUAAUACAAGUUCAGUGUCAUAAAGUGUGAUGUUUUCUGUAAAAAUAACUUGCUGAAAAUUCUUUAAAUAUGUAUAAUUGUGAAAAAUCUAAAGGCUUUUUAGAUGGUGCUGGAUAAGGUAGAUUGUUAAUCACAGAAUUAUUGAGCAGUUCCAAUCACAGUAAACAACUUUGGAGAAAUGCUGUCAACUGUGCACUGAAGUACACUUUAUAUUUAAGUAUAUACAGAAAUUAUUACUGAAGCUUUUUAAAAAUUUAGUUUCUUAGCAAGUUCCUUAUGAUUGUCUACAUAGUCUGUCUGUUUCAGAAGUUGAAUUGCCUGUGAUACAGAAAUUCCAAGAUGAAGCAUGUCUCUGAGGAAGUGGAGGCAUGGGGAAAGGACAGGACAAAAAGGGAAACAGCUCAGUCUUUCAAAGGGUUUGGUAACUUGAAAAAGAAAAGCACGAAGCACACAAAAUGACAAAACCUGAUGCACUCAAAAGAAUUGACUUUUUAAAAAUGGUGUUACAUAUAAAGAAAGAAAUACUUAAAUUUGCAUUGAAGAAAAUAAAAAAUCAAAUUGUAUGAAUUCUGUAAUACUGGUAAUGUUUAGAUUUCUCUUAAAUUACUUAAUUAAAAUUACUGAACUUUUAACGGGAUGUUGUAUUUAUGUGCCUUGAAAUAUUAGUUUGUUGUAUGUAGAAUCCAAGAGAAAUGUUAUAAUGAAAAAUAGAUUGCUUGUGUCCUUAUGUUUACCUUUUCCCAAUAAUGAGUAUUUAUUCUUUUUUUGUGAUUUUGGGUUUUUUCCCUUUAUUUUUGCUCUCAGGUUAACCAGUACUUUAAGAGAACAUAUUUGUUAGAUGAGUUCAUUCAGAGUUAAUUAAAAGGUGGAAAAAGGUGAAGUUCUCAGAGAGGAAUGAAAGGGGAGGACAUGACAUAAUGAUUCUAAAAUGUUGCAGGACAUGGGAUGUGAUGAGAAUAAGUGGCUGUAGCUUUCAAAUUUGGAAUUGAAUCUACACUGAAUUUCUUUUCAAUAGGACUACAGAAGCAACACUUUUAAAUCACCUGGUUCAUCAAAUGGAAUGGGGACAUUCCAAACACUAAACUAAAUAAAGCAAAACCAGGGAUAAUAAGGAGAGGCAAAUGAAGUUCUAAGGGUAUACAGUAAGGCUAAGGAGGAAAAGAGUUGAAUGGUAUUGUUGGCUGUGAAGGGCGGAAGAAGCCCUGAAAAAAGCCAAUGACUCAGGCUAGUGAGCAAGUGGCACAUGGCAGUGAGUUUAGCAACCACUGCUUGUAUGAACAGUCUGGAUUAUUGCUGUGUCCUCCACUGAUGAAAUUGGUCAGGUUUGCCUGAAAAUGGCUGUCCUUUUUAAGGAAUGUACUGGUAUUUCUAAUCUGGUUUUCAUCAGUCCUUAUGUCCUUUGGUUUCAGUGAGUAGCAUCCCUGAUAAAACAAGGCUGUUAACUGCUUGCCUUUAAUCACUGCAGUUAAAUGGAUGUUAGAAUGAAAAUAAUAGAUGACUUUUCUUGGCUCACUGAACUUCUACAGUAUUUUAAAAUUUUCCAACUUACUUAGCAUCAGCUAAAAUGUCAAAGCCAGAUAUAUCUGACAAAUUAAGGACAUCAAAUUGAAGGAACCAAUUUAAUUGUUACUAAAUACAUAAACAACAAAUGGUGUAAUUCAGUCAUUGCAACGUACAAGGAUGUUUCUUAAAAACAAUCAACUCUCAAUAUAGGGCACUCUAAAACUAAAGUAAUUGGAAAUGUUGACUGUGACUUGGUAUGUUAACAUGACGUUUGCUCCUAGAUGUCUCAGGUACAGAGGCUGUUUUCUCUAGGUGUGAUUAAGCAGCUGCUGUUGAAGUGUGAGAAGCAAUGAUAUGUAGUAAUGACUGAGAUUUAUUCUCACACUUGGGACUGGGGAAAAUCCAAGUCAGUUAAUUUUGCUUGUUUAAGCCAAUUUUUAUGAAGCUGUCUUAAGUGAGUACUUACAGAAGGUAUCUGUACACAGUAAUGGAUUAGCCAGCCUAAUAAAGACUGUCAGUAGAAUUAAUAAUUUGUUUUACAGUUGUAA